UUUUCAAAGUUUAUUCUAUUCAGUCUUAUCUGCGUUUGAACCCAGAUAUUUACUGCGUGUUAAGGAACUGUAUCCAUGACAGCUGUUCUAUUCACAAGUUUGAAGAAGUUAUCAAUAUUCAUGUCGUAUGUAACACUUUCUAAUCCUAGAUUUAGAUGUUCCAGUGCUUCAAGUACCGACAUUGUCACCAUCUUCCAAUACCCGUAUCACACCAAGGACACCUUUACCCAAGUUUAGCGACUACAUCCAGAUGAAGCUUAUCAACAAGGAGUCGCAUCUUGUUUGGAGCCAGUGUAUUCGUGAAGCAGCUUAUUACUAUUUGGUACAAUAUCCAAAUAUCGGAAAGAUUAACCAAUCCGAAUAUCAAACUAUUGGUGGAAGUAUGUAUGGACAAUACCCUUUGAUUCGCCGUAAUGGACCGCGUCCAUGGUCAGCAUUUGCAAAGGACCUUUCAAGUAGAAUACGCCAUGUCAGAUGGUCUGAAAAUAGGAAAUCCCUUUUGCCAAACUAUGAAACCAUUGGGGAUUUUAACCCAUCACCAGCAAAGUCGUUGUGUCUGGCACAGGAUACUAGGUCUCCGAGCAGUAAGCUUCGAAAAAUACCAGAAGAGGAACUGGAACAGCAUUUACUAAAGCUUGGGAAACUCAGUGAAGACAUCGAACAGAAACACCUCAAAGAUGAGAGGCUUCUCAGGGUGGCAAAAGAUAUUAACAUUCUAUUAAAGGAAACUUACGUCAACAGACGAGAGUUGAUAGAAGCCCAGCGGGAGAGUGGAAGUGUCAAACAAAUAACUGACCGUUAUCCAUGUUUCACCAAUCCCAUCUUUGUCUUUGCUGAACUGAAGCUCAUUAAAGGCAAGGAUCUCUGGACCAGUGCCCAGAAGAACAUUGACUGUUUGUUUGACAUCACCAGGUCGCUACAGAAGGGAGAUGGAAAGGAGGGACUUGAGGCAGAUAUUUCAUCCUUCCUGUGCAUGGAAAAGGAAAGUGCCUAUGACAGAGGAAAGGGUAGAAAAACCGCUUCAAUAUUAACAGUCUACCGCGGAAGUCACGAAGAUUUUUCACCUGACGAAGUAGACAAGGCUGUACAGAAAGUGUCUAACGAACAUUCACCAAGUCUGAUGGUGUUUGUGAAUGAUGAUGCAAUUACUCAUGCCAUUGUCAAAGCUGAUAAUGUAAACCUCUCUUCUUGUCCAACAUUCAGAAAUGUCAUUGGACAUCAGACUUAG